UAGACCCCCCUUCAUCUGUCUAACCACUUUCUUCAUUCGUCCGUCCCCAUACGACCCAGACGACCCAGACGACCCAUAUAUGCCAGAUAAUUCCCUUCUCCGUCAUCCUGCAGCCCCCCAAACCAUCAAAACUCAGCCCACCAGCAUUGCGCCUCAAGCUUUAAAUUUGCCUUUGCAUUUGCAUCCCGCAGCUAAAUAACAAAGCAAACACCCACUGUCAAGUUCAAGAAGCGCCAUCACCGUCACACACAGAUCCAUUUUGUAACGGUUCCUGUAUUGAUUGUACCUUUAUCAUCCAACUUUUAAUUAGUUACAAAAUACAUUGAUUCAAGGUUGCAACCUACACCAAAGAAAGAAAGAUCAAAUAUCGAGACGCUUGACAUAGUUCACGACAAUCCAGCCCAGUUCCAUCUGAAUUUCAGGCCACGAGUGCAUGUGCUGUUAAGGAGAAACAGUGUCGCAAGUGACCAACCAUGAAGUCACUUAAGAUGAGCAGGGUGCUAGGCACCAUAAGGAAAAAGACUUCCAACAAUAAUGGCUCUGGUCCUUCUAGCGCCCCAGUCGCCACCAACGGCGAGAGCCCUGAGGACACUGUCCACCGCUGUGUGAAAGCGUUCUGCAUAUCAGGCUCCACCAACGCCGGAGACGAGGUCCUCUUCCUGCCUCCCAUAGUCGACGCUGCCGAGUCAUCUCCAGUUGCUGCCGCCGAAUGCGCACGCCUCAUCCGAAAGUAUCUGAAGAAGGACUAUUGGACGAAACCCUCAUACCAAUACAAUGCCAUCAUGCUUAUCCGCAUUCUCGCCGACAAUCCGGGCGAGACAUUCACGAGAAAUCUUGAUCAAAAGUUUGCCGAUACAUCCAAAGAACUGCUGAGGUCUGUUCGUGACCACAGUGUGCGACAGAUGAUGAUGGAAACGUUGGAUUCUUUCGAGAAAACCAAGUCAUACGAUGAGGGUUUGGCGCUCAUCAUAGACAUGUGGAAAACCGAAAAAGAGAGAGCUCAGCAACUACAUGGAGCAUCUCAACCUCCCGCAGUGCGCCCUUACAACGCGCCUCCGAUUAAUCCUCAUUCCCAGAACUACUUUGCGCGAAGUCAUUCGAAUCGUAAACUCCCAGACCCUGUCGAAUUAGCGAGCAGAUUGGAAGAAGCGCGAACAUCCGCAAAACUACUGCACCAAGUAGUCACCAAUACCCCGCCUGUUGAAGUGCUCAGCAAUGACCUCAUCAAGGAGUUUGCCGAUCGCUGCACGAGCGCUAGUCGAAGUAUACAAAUGUAUAUGACUGCUGAGGACCCAGCCCCUGACAAUGACACCAUGGAACACCUCAUCGACACGAACGAACAACUCCAGGCAUCGCUGAGCCUUCAUCAAAGAGCCAUGCUGAACGCGAAGAAACUCGUUGCUACCAUGGAGCCGCCGCCUCGGGAACAAUCCGUGAGUCCGAUAGAAUCGGAGCCAAACGAUUAUAGCUUAGAGCCCCCACCUGUGCCACGAAAAGCGAAUGGCAAGGGCAAGGAAAGGGAACAUGAACCUAGCAUAGCAGGGCCAUCAAGAACGCACACGCCCUCUAUCGAGCAAGAUAAUCCAUUUAGAGAUCCCGAAACGGACCACGAUUAUUUAGGGUCGAAAUCUCACGCGGCUGGUGGCUCUGGGUCUGGUAAGGGAGCAUCUUCCAAUUUUAUCGAGGAACCCCGGUUGGCGUUUGAGCCCUUCCAUCCAGGUUUUGAGUCUACACCAAGCUACCUAGACAGACAGGAGAGUGCGCUGGAAAAUGAGACAAUGCACGGCGGCGCCGGAGGGGGUUCAGGUUCGGGCCCACGAGGGUCACGAGGGUCACGGGGUGACGAUGAGGGUAGUGAUAUCUACGAUGUCACGCCUUCGUCGAAGCAAAAGGAGCCAAUCUACCGAUAUUAAUCAGUGAUUUCAAAACUACAGCGUGCGACUUGGCCCCCUCAUCGAGUUGAGAAGCUGGGAGGAAUGUGCGAUGAACCUAAUUUGGACGAAGUUGUGGAAAUGCGAUGGUAGCAAGCAAGGACAAAAAGGCAUUUCGUGGUUUUCU